CCCAAAUUGACACAAGAAGAUGAUGCACCAAGAACCGAUGUUCAACCAUCAUUCAUCUUCCUCAUUUCUAAGAAUUACGGUGUAGAUUGAAUCCAGACAUAAGAGCCAUUAUUGCAACAAUUGAAAAGACACAACAACAGCAACAUGUCGGAGGAGGAUCCAGAUUACGACAACGAUAUGAUGAGCAUGUCCGAGGAGGAUCCAGGAUCCAGUGCCAUGAUCAGCAUGGUGGUAGUCUGCAGCUCGGCCCUUGUCAUCUUUGGCGUGAUUUACUACAUUCUGUGGUACCGCGCCAAAGACAAGCACGAAGGAUUCGGUGCUACACCACAACCAUCUACUACUGGUAGUGCCGAAGAUGCGCGGCCUCCGCCUCCUUCCAAAUUCACGCAAAAAAUAGAGAUUAAAGAAUACCAACCAGGCGAUCCAAUCUACGACACCCUUCUAAUUGGAGGGACGGUAUCUCUGGGUGUGCUCAUGUGGAUCGGUGCCACCAUUGUGCUGAUCAUGUCUCUGGUAGACCAAUCCGAGUUCCAAAACGCCAUGCCGAGUGACUUUUCAUCGUUGGGUCCCCGAGGAUGUCGGGUGGAAAAAUCUACCAGCUAUACCUAUUAUGAUCAGAGAUUGGAUGCCCUCAACACCUUGUGCGUGGAAGAAUGGCAAUAUUCCGUUCAAGUAGUAGUUUCGUUGAUGGAAGAAGAAGAAGAAACAACCUUUGUAUCCGCCCCCAUUAUGUCAGAGAAUUGUCGAUCCAAGUGCGACGUCUGCUUACGCCAAGGUCGACUCUAUGGAGCAGAAUUCUAUCCCGGGCUAGACCCCACCACGAGAGGAACCUACAUUACCAACCAAACCUUUGUCGAAUGUUGGGAACCCACCAUUCCCGUAGAGGAUCUGUCAGACUUUUAUCAGUGUGAUAAGAGCAGUGGAACCUGUUUUCUGUUGGAAGACACAUCGGUUCGAUUAGAAGCAGAGAGGAAUAGCUCCCAAAUUGGACUCAUUAGUGCCUAUGCUUGCUAUGCCGGUGGCGCUUUAUUGCUGCUUGUGGCAGGAUUCUUUGUACUACGCAACAAACAAGUUCGCGAGGCGGCGGAGCUGGGUAGGGAUACCAAACACGUCGAUGUUGUGCUGGAAGAAGGUGAUCAUCAUGUGGCCGAGCAGGAGGACCAACAAACAAAAGAUGACAAUGAGACAGCAACGAAUCCAGGUCAAAUGGAUCAGGACCGAGACACCAAAGAUGCAAUGAUAGAAGAAGGUUCCGGAGAAGCCGCCUUCUAUAGAACAUAACUUGGAUGACCAAUUUUGAUUCCGCGGCGCAACACGACGGCACCGAUCGCGUGGCACCGCUACAGUGAAAACGUCGGACUGCUGCCAAACGACGCAAGAAUUGCUUUGUGUAU